AUGUUUCACAGAAGAGCUCAUAGAAUUGUAAAUGUUUUAAUAAGUUUAUGUCUCUUUGGUUUUUUUGUAAUUUUUCUCAAGACUCCUCCACAACCUAAACAGGACCUCAUAUUCCCGGCUAUAGAUGAAAAACAAUGGAAAGAACUAGGAGAGAUGAACUCCACUGUAGAUACUACCUAUGAAGAUUUCCAGCAGUGGCGUUUUAAAUUAUCUGCUAACAAUACCAUAUUUGGACGUGAAGUAGUUGAAUCAGUUAUGUUUUUGAAUGAGAACUUCGAUAUUUUAAAUAUCGAUCGAUUUGGUCCUGUUGAAGAUGUUAAAACUGUAAUUGUCAUCCAGGUGCAUAAUAGAGUAGCCUAUCUACGGUAUUUGAUUGAAUCUUUAAAAAAAACAAAAGGGAUCGAGGAUACUCUGUUGGUCUUCAGUCAUGAUAUCAAUGUUGAAGCUAUCAAUCAAAUGAUUCAUAAUAUAACUUUUGCUCGAGUUUACCAAAUCUUUUAUCCUCUCAACAUGCAACUGUUCCCUCAUGUUUUUCCUGGACAAGAGCCUUAUGAUUGUCCGGAGAAAAUAGGCAAAGCUAGAGCUCAACUGCUUGGAUGCCAGAACAAAGAUUUUCCUGACAAAUACGGAAACUAUCGUGUUGCUCAGCUUACUCAAAUUAAGCAUCAUUGGUGGUGGAAGAUGAAUUUUGUGUUUGAUGGAAUAAUUGAUAGAUUUGGUCUUCACGACUCGUGGGUGCUGCUACUUGAAGAGGAUCAUCUAGUCGUACCGGACGCUUUGUAUGUGCUGAAUUAUAUAACCGAACACAAGAACGAGCUUUGUAACAAUUGUGAUCUGAUAUCUUUGGGAGCUUACCUCAAGUCCACCAGGAAAUAUAGAGAAACUAUCAACUUGUUAGGAUCUCAUCCCUGGUUCAGUAGCAAGCAUAAUAUGGGCAUGGCGUUGCAACGUACACAGUGGCUGAAAAUUAAAGGAUGUGCGGAGAUGUUCUGCACUUGGGAUGAUUAUAAUUGGGAUUGGUCUGUUAUGCAAGUCACAGCAAAAUGCCUUCCGCAAAGAUUCCGAGUGAUAUUCGCUAAAAGUCCGAGAGUUCUGCACAUUGGCGAUUGCGGUGUUCAUACACAUAGAUGCACGGCUUCUAACGCUUACACACAAGCAACUCAAUUAGUAGAAGAACAUCAUGGAGAUCUAUUUCCAUCUUCAUUGAAAGUCACUGAUAUUUCGAGAAGAUCGUUAAAGCCAUCGAAAGAAAAUGGAGGGUGGGGAGAUAAAAGAGAUCAUGAGCUAUGUCGGUUGAAUACUCAUCCACUAGCAUGGAACACAAAAGACGCUAAUAUGAGCAUAAUCAACAAACUCUUACAAAAUACAAUUCAUGUUCCCAGUCCUAUCAGAUAG